GCGAUAAUGAGCUGCCAAUUGGCCACAGAAACGAUGCAGUCCGAUCAUUCCGUGUUGCAGUGUCCGAGACGCUAGGCUUUACUUGUGAACAGGUGUACCGUCCAUCGAUCGAGGGUUCGAAAGUGAUGGGAAAAGACGGUACAGAAUCUCGUACUGCCGUUCCGUACGAUCGGCUGGCAGAAGAUGCAGGCUCAACAGCUGAUUUUGUGGAAACGCAGCAAAACAACAACGACGCAGGUAGAAUUGGAAGGGGCCGCGUCGAGAUAAGGCGAAAUCUUGCCGUGAACGGUUCCUCCUAUCAGCACAACAGCAUGGGUGGGGAAGAGCCGGAAGCAACCAGCGCAGAACACGAACAACUGUUUGCUGACUAUCGGGACGAAGAGCGUAAAGAUUCUGUCCAGGAGGAGACACCUGCCACGGACGAAGGAAUGGAUCGGAGCAGGAGAAACGGUAAUCGAAAUGUGAAUAAUCGUGCGAUCGACCGAGGUGUCUCGUUUAGCCGGAAGUUAAUACUGGCUAACGUACUGAUCAAUGGGCUAAUGUUUGGCGUGGCAGGAUACAUAACGUACCACUGUUUCAAUAAGGCAAUGGUGCUGUUUUCCUGGCAUCCAACGUUCAUGUCAAUCGGGUACCUGAUCCUGAUGUCCCAAGCGGUGCUAACGAUGUCUGGAGCGAACUAUUUCACACACCGGUGUCACCAUCGGACGAAAGUUUUCCUUCACUGGCUGCUACAGGCGGUGGCCGGCAUACUGAUAACGAUCGCGUCCGUGUGCAUAUUUCUUAACAAAGUGCGGCUCGGAAAGCCACACUUUCAGACGCUGCACGGUAUCUUCGGACUUGUUACGGUGUGCUUUACGCUGGCGUCGAUUGGCGGCGGUGUUACUACGAAGUACGCUUUCCAGCUGCGCCACUACAUCCGUCCGAUGUAUAGCAAGCUGGCACACGGUAUCGCGGGAACCGCUGCGUACUUGCUGGGCAUAACGACAAUUUCGUUGGGUGUGUAUUCGCGCUGGUUUCAGGAGGAUAACGAUGCAAACGUGCGUCUAACGCUGGUGAUUGCGAUUGGUACGGUCGCACUGUACGUAAUCGUCGCACCGAUCUCCAAUUUGGUGCAACGAAUUAAAACUACUAUCCGGACUACGCUUUAACACGACUAAUAGUCACAUAGAAGUUAGCAAAUCAAGGAUUUUCUUUCAUUCGUUGAACACAGAGCGUAAUAAAAUAAAAAAAGCCCUUAUUUACAUUUUAUUCA